AUGGCUCUUACUUCUGGAGAACGAUCAGCGCUGUGGCGUAAGAGGCAAAGGGAAAACGAGACCAAACACGAGGAGUACAAAAGGAAAGAAAGGGAAAGAUACAAAAAAAGAAAAGCGCUCGGGCAACUAAAACCAAUUAAAGAUCUAACAGAAAGAGAAAAACGUCAAAAGCGUCGGAAUGGGAAAUAUCAAUCAAAAUUAACAGAAGAAAUCCAAAGCAUGCAUUUUGGCGGGUCAAAACGGCAAAUUUCUAUACACACAGGAGUUGCAUAUGUCCACAACAAAACUAUUUCGUUUGCCACGAUUUCAGACACACUUAGUCAUGCCCCUCCCGCAAUAUGGGCCCACCUUCAACCAAUCAUUUUGAAUUUGAAAGACACAUAUCCAAGGCUUAAGAAAUUACACAUGAUUUCGGACGGACCAACCACUCAGUAUCGCUGUAAAACAAAUUUUUAUCUGUUUGCAACAAAACUCUUUGACCUUGGCUUCUCGGAAGGUGGUUCAUGGAACUUCAUGGAGGCGGGGCACGGUAAAGGGCCCCCGGAUGGUGUGGGGGCUGCACUGAAAAGAAACGCGGACGCGCUUGUCAACACACAUAACCGUGACGUCAUCUGCGCAGCUGACCUCGUCGAUGGAUUACAGCUGCAAAAAAGUACCAUUCUUGCAGUCGAAGUGAAAGAAAACGAUGUAAUAUUACAAGAGCAAACCAUUCCGUUAGCUGUCAACCCAGUUCCACAAACUAUGAAGCUACACCAGAUUACUUGCAAAGAGAAAGGAGUUGUAUCAUCCAGGGUCCUGAGCUGUUUCUGUUCAGAGAAUUGUUCCUGUUACGAUCCUGUCACUACAAGAUUUGAUGUCAAUAUGCAUGAAAGUUCAAUGACAGAGGGUACAACAGUGUCCAUGCUUCCGGAGUCAGUGUCGAAUAAGGAUAGUGUGCUGGUCGUUCCUAUGUCUUUGGACGAAUCUCUCAUCGACCGUUUUUGUGUUGUGGAUUAUGACGGCCGUCCAUAUCCAGGGAAAAUCGUCGAUGUCGAUGACAACAAUAUUGAAGUUUCCGCCAUGCAUUGUAUUGGUGACAACAUAUUUUUUUGGCCUCUUACCCCAGAUGUUAUUUGGUAUGAGGGAGUUAAAGUGGUCACCUUGCUCAAUAAUGAACCAAGCCUUGUAACCACAAGGCACCGUGCUAUUGACAAGACUGUUUGGGAAGCAAUAGUGAAAAAGAUGGAACUUUAA